UCUUCACUGCUCCCCUCUGCAUCCCUACCUUCUGUCAGCCUGCGCAGCAUCAACCAGUCAGCUCUCAGCGCCACUCUGUGAACAUCUACUAGGCUUCGCAUCCCUAACUCACCCUCCUCUCCUGCUCCAGACCCUGGAGAGCCACUUCACUCAGAGGACCAUGAUGACGCUGCCAAGCUUUACACCUCCACUGAUUCUAGUGCUACUUCUCAGCGUCCGUGCCGGAGCUGCUCCCUCUCCAUUCCAGCUGGCUCCUGACACCCCGGCUCCAGCUAAGCCCACUCCCACCCAAGCCGCACCUGGCCCGGACCCCUGUGAAGGUCAGCCCUGUCUGAAUGGGGGGCGCUGCUCUGCCCUCCCCACUGCUGGUGGAGCCGGAGACUCGUGGGACUACACAUGCAAGUGCAGCCAGGGCUUCACAGGAAGCAACUGUGAGUUUUUUACAGAUCCUUGCGCCAGCAGCCCUUGUCUCCAUGGAAACUGCAGCCGAAGCAACAGGGAUGAGAAGGAGGCGACUUACACCUGCGUGUGCACCGAAGGCUACGAGGGGGAGAGGUGCGAUCAAAUCUUAUUGGACUUGCCACCCGCAGACUGGGAACCGGCCACCCCCUCUGCUCCGGAGCUGGUGACAACCGUGGCCUCCGCCACCACGGUCACUGCCACUCAGCCACCACAGCCAACCACCGCGUCUUCCGUUGCACCGGCACCUCCCACCCUGCAGCCAUGGCAACCCAAACCUGGCCAGCGAGUCCUGGUGGUGCAGUGGGAGGCUGACAGAGUGGUGGAAGGUCUGCACUGUCUGAGCCCGGAGCUGUGUGAGCUGACUUCAGGAACUCUGACUGUUGCUCUGGAGGUGCCUGAAGAAACAACUGUGAAGCUGCUGGUAAAUGCCAGUGGAGCUCCAGUUCUGUGGCGCGUCAGUGAAGACGGGUUCCUCCGAUCCUCCAUUUCCAAUGGCACUAAGGUCUGGUUCCUUCAGGCGACUGAUGGACUGGUGGUUGCGGACCACUUCCUACCCCUGGGACAAAACUACUUCCUCAGUGUGAUGAAGGCGGGUGCCCCCACAGACCCGGAGGUCACCUUGAGACUUAACCUGACAGUGAAGGCCAGCAGUUGCGUGGAGCCUGGCAGCAGCUUCAGUGAUCCUCAGUGUUCCGGCAAAGGAAAAUGUGUCACCCAACCUGCCGAGAGCACUUUCUUUUGUGAGUGUCAGGAUGGUUACACAGGAAUCUUCUGUGAGGAGUUUGACGCCUGUCACCGUCGUCCUUGUCGCAACAACGGGACCUGCACCGAUGUCAGACAAGGAGAUGAAGGACGGAACUUCACCUGCUCCUGUCCACCAGGUUAUGAAGGAGAGCGCUGCCAGUUGCUGGUUGAUCAUUGUGUCUCGCUGCCCUGCAAGAAUGGAGCCACUUGUGUCAGCAGCCUGGCUGGACCCCGCUGCUACUGCUCUGAAGGAUACCAAGGUUCCACAUGUGAGCAGAAGGUGGACCCGUGUGCGUCAAGCCCAUGCCACAAUAAUGGAUCCUGCUACCCUCAAGGUCCAGGGCCCCUCGGGUUCGGCUGCACCUGCACAGCUGGUUUCACAGGCCCCACUUGUGCCCAGUUGGUGGACUUCUGUGCGCUGAACCCCUGCGCCCACGGAGUCUGUCGCAGCGUGGGCAACAGCUACAGGUGUCUGUGUGUGCCAGGAUACCACGGCUUGUACUGUGAAGAGGAGUACAAUGAGUGUCUGUCUGCUCCUUGUCAGAACUACGCCACCUGCAGGGACCUCAUCAACGCCUAUGAGUGUGUCUGCACACCUCAGUUUGAGGGCAGACACUGCGAACUCUACAAGGAUCCUUGCCUGAGGCUGCGCUGCCAAAACGGAGGCCGCUGUGAAAGUGCCGGACUCAACGCUUCCUGUUCAUGCCCACCUGGAUACCAGGGUGAGAGAUGCGAGGUUGACGUCAAUGAGUGUGAGAGCAACCCUUGUCACCACGGCGGCUCCUGCGUCGAUCAGUCCAAUGGUUACACCUGCCACUGCCCCCCCGGGUGGGUGGGACCCAGCUGUGAGAUCCACUUGCAGUGGAAACCUGCCCAUCCCGAGGACACGCUGACCAACAUGCCCCGCCACUCCCUGUACAUCAUCAUCGGAGCGCUCUGCGUGGCCUUCGUGCUCAUGCUCAUCAUCCUCAUCGUGGGCAUCUGCCGCAUCAGCCGAAUUGAGUACCAAGGCUCAUCCCGUCACGCGUACCAGGAGUUCUACAACUGUCGCAGCAUCGACAGCGAGUUCAGCAACGCCAUCGCCUCCAUCCGCCAUGCCAGAUUUGGAAAGAAGUCCAGGCCCGCCAUGUACGAUGCCACCCCCAUCGCCUACGAGGACUACAGCCCGGAUGACAAACCUUUGGUCACCCUCAUCAAAACCAAGGAUUUGUAAAUACACCGAGGUCACCACACACACUUGCACAUACCUGCAGACGCUCAAUAAAAUCCCAGAAGCAUUUCUCGGAGAUAAAUAAACAAAGCAUAUUCUGAAUGUAAAAUAUAAAAAACACGUAGUUUGAAGAUACAAAUGUGGAAUUUGAUACAUCUAUUUUCCUGUCCCAAUAAGGCUUUACUGUAGCAUAAGAGUAUACUUUGCAUAAGUCAAUAAUGAUGAGCAUCUGCUGUCAGAAGUCUGCUGCAGACACUUUAUAGGUGUAAAUAAAUGUGUUGUUAAGAGUCCCUUCUGGUGUUGAGGAAAUAGACACACGCCAUGUUUUCUACAUGUUCGCUAAAGGGAGCCUUCAGUAAGGUUGCCUUACCAUGUGCAUGAUUCCAUUUGAAGCUCAUAACUUCGACUCAUGCUUUUGUCUCACCGUGCCAAAUCUAUCGUUUUAUUCUUUGUGGUGGGUAUAUUUAUAACAUAUCAGUCACAGAAGUACUUAGGAGGUCUUUCUAAUAAAAUAAAAAAAUAGUUAUAUAUAUAUUAUACUGUCCUGUAAUUACAGUUAAGUGUCUAUUGAAAUAGAAAAAGAUGCAGUGGUUGAGUAACCAUCCUAAUGUCUGUAUUUAAGUGAAGUUUAGGAUAAUGGGGUGGAAUCUCUGCGCACUGUCUGACACUGUUAUGUUUCUUUAGUGAAUCUAUUAUAUUGUACGAUAACACGUCUUAUUUCGGCAGUGCAGAACAGUUUCUCAGCCGGAGGGUCCUGGGCUGAAGAGAAAUACCAAGUGAAUGUUGACACCUCCAGCAUUUACAUAGUACUUUGUGCUCUGGAAAACAGUCUGUGCUGAUGUGAUGAUGUUGAGAUGUAGCUCAGCUUGACCUACUUUUGCUUUGUUUAUAUCAUUUAAAAUCCAGCAAACACAUUAUUACAUAUGAUCUAUGUUAAGUGAUGUAAACAAUAAAGAUUGAAAUGAAGAA